GCUGAUCGAUUCGUCCCAAUCAGAGACGCCCACUCUCCCUUAUCAGAAAAGUAUCAAACCACGAAACAAUCUGACUGUCUCUCAGCAUCUGAAAAACUUCUGCGGGGUCAGGAGGCCUCUCAUGACCCUUUCUUCAGCAGGAGAGAGUCUAAUAGCCAGUCUUCUCAUGUGCCCAGAAUAACAAGUCCGAGUGUUCCACGGCAAAGCCAACCAACAGUUAUCGCAGUACGAACGCUAGUGUUUGAUGACGACGAAGAACCAAGGCAGACACCUGAAGGCGUUCUGUCCACCCUGAGCCCCGUGAUCAGGACAGGAAUUGCUGUUGACAACGGGCAUGGCCGCGUUCUACGUAGCGGUACGCAUGCCCAGCUCUUCAAUGCUUCAUUUGCUUCAGCAAAUAUCACCCGCGGAGAAGCUUCAGACAAAUAUCAAGGCUGCAUCGCCUCUGCUCUGGAAAUUGAUCGCGUGAGGCGGGUCCUCGAUUUCAGCCCGAAGCAGACGGUCUUGGACGCACCGAUGCUUCGAGACGACUUUUACUGCUCUAUUCUUGCCUACUCUCCUAGUUGUCAAACCUUGGCUAUUGGUUUAAGAAACACCCUUUACACUUGGACUGAGAAACUAGGAGGCGUUCCCUCCCAGAGCGCCCGGCAGGAUGGUAGCUGGAUAACCUCGGUGGGUUUUUCAUCAACUGAAGGGCGGAAGAACAUCUUGGCCAUCGGACGAUCGAACGGGUCUCUGAUCCUGAAAUCAAUAUGUGACAGCCUUCCGCGCUUCGAAGUGCAACAUCCAUGCGGAGUCGCCUGCGUAAGCUGGCGUCCAUCGUCUACCUUGCGCCCGUCCAGUAACCCAAUUAAUCCGGGCCGUCCGACUAGUACUAAGGAUCUUAUUGUUGGAGACCAAGCCGGUACACUGUUCUAUUACAUGGUUGAAUGGCCUCUAGGAUGGGAAGUGACCCGAGAUACUUGGCCAGGCAAUAUGGUACUGAUCGCAAAGAUUUCCAUUCACAACCAACAGAUAUGUGGUCUUGCCUGGUCACCUAACGGAAAGCUUUUUGCAUCUGGAGGGAACGACGAUCUCUGUUGUCUCUUUGAUGUUGAUACAAUACUUGGGGAGCCUGUCAGUAGGAAUAGAGAGCUCUCCCGAGAUGGCACCCAGGCACUUCCUAGUACAAACCUGGAACCAAGAUCACAAACAUCCGGCGGCAAUGGCGAGGAGGAAACUACACAUGAGGCAGAGAGUAGCGAAAGCAGUUUGGCCACUGACCCCAGCACAGAAAUCCAAACACGGAGAACCUCGCCGGCAACUAUUCGAAACUUUGGCCCCGGCGUUGAAAGGCACUGUUGGCCACAUGGCGCUGCGGUCAAAGCCAUUGCAUUUUGUCCUUGGAGAGAAGGGUUGGUGGCAACUGGAGGUGGUUCUAACGACCAAUGUAUCAAUUUUUUCCAUACCAGCUCCGGUGCUGCACUGGCUACCAUCACAGUAUCUGCUCAGGUGACGUCCUUGACAUGGUCAACAUCGAAACGGGAAAUCGCUGCAACUUUUGGCUACACGCAGCCGGAACACCCUUUUCGGAUUGCCGUCUUCAGCUGGCCUGGCUGCAAGCAAGUAGCUGCUGUGUCCUGGGACCGUGGGAUGAGGGCGCUGUAUGCCAUUCCAUAUCCUAAUACUUCAGGGGGGCGGGGUUCUUCGGCCAACAACCGGCUUAGCCAAGGGGGGUGCCUUGUGGUGGCCUCGAGCGAUAAGACGGUCAAGUUCCACGAGGUAUGGUCCAACGAAGGAAAGUCCACAGUGGGCGGCGCCGGUACGCUGGGUAGCAGCGAUAUCUUGGAAAGCUUGGAAGGCAUUGACAAGGAAGGUGACAUUAUCCGC